AUGUCUGCUCCCAGUAUUUCUGCUCUCAGCGCCUACCGGCAGAUUCUGCGUGCUACCCGAGUCGCUUUUAGAGAUGACGCUCGCGUGAUGAUCGCCGCUCGCCAGGAGGCCCGCCGCAACUUCGACCAGAACCGCCGGGUUGGAAUCGACAACGGCAUGCAGAUUAACCACGCCAUCGAGGUGGCCAACAUCUUGCGACACAACCUGGUGCAGGGCGCUCGGGAGGAUGGCGACGAGUCUGCUAAGUGGGAACUCCGGAUCCAUGACGAGAUCGAGCGUGGCGACAACGACUCAAUCAAAGUCGGCAAUCAGGAUGUCAAGAUCCACAAAGCCUGCUCUUCGUAA